AUAACUAUGCAUCUGCAUUCGCAACUUCGCCGAAUAGCACUCGAUAUAAAUGGUUUAUUCGAAAUACAAAUGACUCUGCAGACAAUGACCUACUUUGUCAGUUUGACGACGAUGCUUUAUUCCCAAUAUCACUUAAUGCUAUGUUUAAUGUACAAUGGUGGUGCCAUUCAGUGGAAAUGUUUACUUCCCAGCAACAUGUGGUGUGCCAUCAAUUUGACAAGACUUGUAACAUUAAACUAUAUCUGCGAAAGUGUUAGCGCUAAAGCGCGGAAGACAGAAGGUAUUAUUCAUAAAUUGUCAAAUAUCUGUUUUGCAAAAGCACGCGAAGAGAUUUGUCAAUUUGUUUUGCAAAUAUCACUUCAGCCGUUAAAAUUUAGUGGAAUGGGUCUAUUUUAUUUUGGCCAUAAGUUUCUUUUUAAGUGCUUCGUUGGGAUACUUUCUAUUAUUGUUAUAAUAAUUCAAAUGGAUACUCCUGUACAUCGAAAAGCUUCUAAGAGAGAUAAUAUAAUAUGUCACCAGUUCUCAGAAUAGAGGUUCUUUUCUUAUUUUAUCUCGAAAACACAGCGACCUAAAGCAAAA